AUGUUUAAAAACAAGCUGAUGCUCACGGAACGCACCCACAAGCUGGGGGCUGACAAGGGCAGCGAGAGGUUGUUGGCUGACCAGGCCGAGACCACAGGUCUAAGAUCAAGGACACAUGGAAGUGCUAUGAGGGCAAUACCAAGCCAUGACGCAGGUGACUACCUUCAAGGAGCUCAUUCGCUAGAAGAGAAUACAGCUCUAACCCUUGUAGGCCAGGUCUCGCCCAGUGCCCCGGCUCUGCUGCCUUCUCAGGCUGCUGCUGUGGAGGACUUGGAGACCCUGACAUGCCGAAGCAGUGCAGCUGAGAUGGCAUCUACAGCUCCGAUUCUGGCUCUGGAUCCAGCUCCGGCUUCAGCUUCAGCUUCACCUCCGGCUCCAGCUCGUGCUCAGGGUCAGGCUCAAGCUCAAGGACCCCUCUCAGAGGCCUGUGGGGUUGCUAUUAAUUAUAUAGCAUCUUAUGAGCUGAACGUCAGUGAUGGUUAUUUAUCUAUGGUCUGUUACUUCGAUGAAGACCCGGAUGCACCUGUUUAUGUCCCCUUUUUCCAAGACCAAGCUGAGGUGAAGAAAGGACACGCAAGGCAGUUCAUAAGAUACCUGAAGGAGCGUAAGAGUAAAGUCUGCCUUCCAGUGGUUAAGAGGCUUGACAAAGAGUACUGGGGAACGAACGUGCAAGCUAUAGUGAUGGCUCUGGAGUUGGAAAACAGGUUACACAAACUCCUGCAAGACCUGCAGAACUUGGCUUCUCAGAAGAAUGAAACUGAUCUCUUAGAAUUCCUGAAAAGGUUCGUGGGUAAACAGAAGAGGAACAUAAAAUAUCUGGAAUACCAGCAUAGCUAUCAGAAGGAAUUAGAAAGGCUGACUUCGAAGGAAGGCAUCUCAGAACAGUUUGGUGAAGCAUCAGCCAGACAGGCUUAACAUCCGAA